AUGGCUGGAGAAGAUGUUGCAGAUUUCCUCAUGGGCGCCGUGGGCGGUCUCAUCACGGCGGGUGAGUCCGUGAUCAAGGUGGCCGCCCCUGAGAUUGAGAAAGCGAUCACUGCCGCGGGAGACGCGCUGGCAGAGAAUGGUCUGGACCUUGCCAAGGUGCUUGACUUGAGUGGUGCUUUUAUCCCAAGCAGCCCACUUGCGUUUGCGGAAGCCCUCAAGUUGGCUAGAUCACUCCUGGCUGCUGUUCCCGAGCUUGAUGGUGAUACUAGCGUCCUCAAAACUAUUGAACGCCUGGACAAGGAAGUGGCCCCGUUCACCACGCAGUCCGAGGACGUUCUUCAGCAGGUAGACGUAAUCUUCAAAACCGCCGAGCAGCUGGAACUGGAGACUCAAACACGAGUCCGCAACGCGGCUAUCGACGCCUACAAGGCCUUGCAAGAAGCUGUAGACACGAUCCUUGAGAUCAAGCGCGGAAACGCCCGUCUGCAGCGUGUCGACCCGACUGCGAUCCCCAAGGUUGACCGCGCCAUUGAGGCCUUUGACAACCUCAGCAAAGUCAGCAGCAACAACGCCUGGAAGCUUGGCAAGGACAACAGCGCUCUCAUGUCCUUUGGCGACAACACUAAAACUUUCCGCGGCACGCUCGACGAGGAGAGCGCAAAGCUCAAAACCCAGCUCCAAACCAACGAGGACACACGCACCCGCCACAAGGCACACCUCAAGAAACUCCAAGAGCAAGAAUCCGAUUACCUAUCCCGCAAGCGGCGUGCCAACCGCGAGCUCGAUGAUGUCCUGAACAACAUCGGCUACGUCUUCGCGCCCUCCGGCCGGGAGAACCAGCGCGCCAUCAUCCGCAGCGCCGACGAGUCGCUCAAGACCAACCGCACCACCCAGCGCGGCGUUAUAAACAAGAUCCGCGGCCUGCACCUGCUCGACACCCUCAUCCGCUGGGCCUCACGCGCCCUGGACGUCGUCAUCGAAUCGGUGGCGCGGAUCGCGCAGGACUUCCAGGCCAAGUUCCGCCGCAUUACUGACGCGCAGCAGACCCAUGACAGGCUGUUUGCGGGACUGUUGUCCAUCGCCAACGCGGUGCAGGACGCGAACAUCAAGACGUCGCGGGACAAUGCGCUGCGGGUUGUGCUGGGGGUGUUGAAGAAGUAUCAUGACCUGAGGGUUGAUCAUAGCUCGCUGGAUAUCCCGGGCAUUGAGGACCGCCCAAUUCAAACGAACAUUGUGAAGAAGCUGGGCGAAUCGACAGUCAGGCAGUUAUUGCUGCCGCCCGUGCCGCCCGAGGAUGAUGGGGAUGAUGCGAUCAACAACAUGUAG